AUGUGGGUUUCACGGGUGUUACCGAGGCUUUCGAGGGCUGAAAAGCGCUUCUCAUCGGCCGCCGCCGCGACGGAUUUUGAUGGUGAAAAAAAAGAAAAGAAAUAUACUUUUCCAUAUUUCUUCAGACAUCAUUUCGUCUGUGACUAGUGGUCCGGUACGGAUUCAGGUUGAACCAAAGUUUUCGGGUGUUGACAAUCCGAGAAAUUUGUUGAAGGUUUCAAUGAAAAUAAUCACCAGAGAGUAAAUGUUUUCAGUGGCUUCAAAGCAAUCCAGCACAAAAUGCGAAGGAAUUCCUCAGCGUUGGCAAUACCGUGAGAGGUUUUAGAGAAAAUGAACGGUCGAAUCUGGGUCACCGAAUUAAUGAAGUUGGUUUUGCAACCUUCAUGACAUCAUGAUGGUCCCAUACAGAACAAGUUAUAAAAUAUUCUGGAGAACAAAAGAGUAAAUUUUCGGUCUAAGUUUUCCGUCAACAAGAUGAACACAUUCACUUCAGCCUGAAACAGAGAAAUACAUUUUAUAUUAUGAAAUAUGUUGUUUCAGAUCAGCUUCAAAUGUCUUGGCGAAACCGGAAGAAGAACUGUCUGUACUGGAAACUAUGGAACUUAUAAAUCUAAUCAGUGUUAUACAGCCAAAUGCACCGAUUUUGGAUACUCUGGUGGCAAAGUUCAAUCGAGGUGAAUUGCAAAAAAUUAAAAACUUCAUCAUUUUCCGAAUUUCAAAGAGAAAUUUGAAGAAAAACUGUCGGCCGAAUGAAUUAUCAUCUUUUUUUAUUCAAAAUCAUCUCUCUUUUUUUGUGAAGAUCAAAGUUAACAAACACGAGUUUCCAGAAGCUUUGAAGAUUAAUUUCUGAGCUGAAACAUAUUUGAAAUCUAUCCCUCUAAAAUAAUUUUUUUGUACCCUUAUUUUUCAGAAAUCCCCAGCGAAAUCUUAGAUUCUAUCAAAUUUUCUACUAUUCUGGACUUUGCCGUGCGAUUAUCGAAAUCCAAAAGAGCUCUGCCCGAGGCGAUGAGAAAGUCAGUUGAAAAGUCGAUUGAAAAACGAGUUUCGAGGUUCGCCAAAGGGUAUUUCAGGGAUCAUUAGAACCAUUUUAGAGAGCUCCACAAGCCCUCGGAACUGCUCACGUUGUUCAACAACAUCGAGAAUAAAGAAUGGAUGAAAGUGGAAGACAUUUCGAAAAAAAGUCGUCGAACUUUUGGUUGUUAUGAACUUAGUCAGUUCUUUUCUUUCUGAGGGGAAACCUUAUCGGAAAUAAAAAAACCAAAAAAAUAUAUAUAAUUUAAGUGUUAUUGCGCUUCGAAUUCAAAAGUUAAGCCAAAAGUUUCAUCCUCAUUAUCUGUACAUUUAAAGUUUGAAAGUUGAACUUCUGGACAACUUUUUGAAAGUAAACUAAGUAUUUCAUCAGAAAACUUUAUUGUGAAACAAAAUUUUAACUCUUUAUGUAUUUUUAUUUACCAAUUUUUUCAAAAUUAGCGUUUCAGAACGAAUUGGUUUCUCUUUUAAACUACAUGUCCGCCACAUUUUCCAGGAACCUGGAUGUUCUGAGGCCGUUGGCUCAGAGAAUUGUCGAGUUUGUUAUUUUCAAUGUGUUUUUCUCUCAAUUAUUUCUUCCAGAAGUGAUGAACGGUUGACUGUGUCCCAAGUUUGCACAAUUCUUGCUGCCUGCUCCAAAUUGUCUUUUCACGACGCGAGGAUUUUCGCCAGAACGCUCCAAGGAAUUCAGUUCAACGCAAACGCCGAGUUCUCUUGGAAGCAGUUGAUGAGCCUCGUACACUCUUUCUCGAGGUUCGUUCAGCGAACAUUUCAUGAAAGUGGCCCAUUAUCAACUUUACUCGGUUCAAAAAACUCCGAGUAAAUCGAACAAAAACGCAUUCAUGUGCUUGAAAAAAUUGUAGGAGUCUGGAUUUUUAACUUUUUGUUUCAGAAACCCACUGAAUCAAAGUUUAUUUCACUUUUAGAAAUUUCCAAUGUUCAAUAUGCAACUUUAUUAUCUUAAAGACUUCGAAUUGGUGAUAAAAAGGCUUGGGACACACUGAUUCGAUUGGCGCAAAACAUUCAAAAAGAAGCGACCCCUUCUGAACUAUCUAUUUUUGUCGGCACCCUUGCUCGUAUGGGAAUCGAGGUUUUUCGACGAGUCCACGAAUCAUUUCACUUUUUAAUUCAACAGGAUGGCAAGAGUUUCGCGACGGCGCUCCGUUCCAUAAUCAAGAAGCAAAACCUGAACCCUGACGAGUGGCUCAACGUCGUCCAAAGUUUCGCCUUCUUUGGUCUUUUGACAAACGAAAUUGCUGAUUCCGUGCUGAAUAAGGACUUUGUCCAAGAAGUCCUCUUUAAGGGAAAAUUCAAGUUGGUUUCUUCUUCUCUUCAUUUAUUCUCUGGUUUUGCAUUAAGAGACGAAAAGUAUCGACUUUAUCAAGCUAUGAAACUUCUACAAAUAAAUAAAUGCGCCGAAGUUGAACUGACGGGCUACAACGGGCCGAAAGUGACCAAAGAAAGCCUCGAGGGCGUCGGAGUCACGUUUGGAGCUGAAUCGGUGGGUGAAGCGAGAAAGUAUUUUUUCGUUUUGUCGAAUGCCGCAGGCAUAUUAUUUAUCUUCAGAAUUGUUUGAGAAAUUAAAAGUUUCAAGCUGUCUUGAAGGUUAUAUUUGGAAGAUAUUUCGAUGUUCCAAGUCUCAAUUUAUUUCCCAAGUCUAGCUCUUUUACUUUUAAAUAUUUCUUGAAGCACUCUAAUUUUUUUCAGGUUCGAAACGCUCGUCAAUUGAAGUACGGGAAAGGAUAUGACGAUUUUGAGUGUCGAGAAACGUUUUUGGCGGGUCUCUUUCGUGUGGCGCCAUGCGAUUCCCAUUGCAAGCCCUCGGAUAUUAGCGACGCCGGAAUUUUGAUCGACGCUUUCGUUUUGCCCGAACCUGAUGUAGGCUCCUUUCCUGAGGAGAAUUGUGUAAAUGAACUUAAGAAGUCUGGCCGCGUUGUUGCCUUGAGGCAAUGGGGCUCCAGGAAACCUAGGCCGAUCUUCUACUUUGGCUGGGGACAGUCGAAACAGGUUUGGAACUUGAAGUUUAAGAAGGCGGCGUGAACAGCACGUGUUGACAAUCAUCAAACAUGCAAACUAGAAAAAUUGAAUUGUUAGAAAAAAUCGCAGGCCAUCUGAAACCUCGAUGGUUGUUUUUGUCAUGUCUCGUGAGUCAGAGGAUGGAGUUGAUGAACUGUCUUAUCAGAUUCGCCGGCAUAGUCGUCGCCUACAAGGCUUAUAGACUUCGAUCAGGUGAUCGAGAAGGGGUUAAUGAAGGUGGCUACGUAAGAGAGCUCAUCUAGAAAGCGCUCAGGAUUGUCUGGUGAUCUUCGCCCUAAAAGAUAGUUUCAAUGAGCCAUUGGUUCCUACAAUAUACAUAUACGCUAUUGUCGAGCGUUGAAAAUGUUCCAGAAAAUAAGACUUUCAAAAGACGCUUCGUUUUAUUAUGUCUUUCCGUUAGUUUCGCCGUUUUCUGGGGUAAAUUGGUAGUUAUAAAAGAAUUUAAAAAUAGUUACACAAAAGAAAUGAUCAAAAACCAGAUUUUAAGCUUACCAAGAAAGCUUUUUUUGAUUUGAAUAAGCUACCCUUGGCUAAAAUAUAUUUUUUGGAUAUCUUACUGCCGGGAAGACUUGUAGUUACAGGCAAAAAUCAAUUUUUCAGCUUUGUUCGAAUUCCAAUGAAGAUACGUUACUCGGCUUCGACAAACUAGCUCUUCGACUUCUCAGAAAAUUGGAUUUCCGGCCAGUCGUCGUUUUUAAAAGAGAUUUUGAGACGUGUCGAGAUGACCGCGAGAAGAUGAAUAUGUUGAAAGAGAAAAUUCUUAGCUAGAACUACAUUUUUAUUUAUUAAGAUAGAUUUUUCAUAGAUCGCGAAUAAGCUAUCUAAUGAGUCUAUAUAAGAAAACCUACUUUGAAAAGCUCUCAAACCAAAAAGGCAGCCAAAAACACGAUUUUUCAAAAACUUUGCGAAAAAUGAAGGAAAUUAAAAUUUUGAUUUCUAUGAGCAAUAUUCGCGUCAGUUAUGUUGUUUUUUCCCCUUUAUAGUGUUUUCAGUAGCUCUAAUAUGAAAUUCUCUGGAUUUCUACGCACGAUAUUCAUUUCUCCAAUGCGCCAUUAGGACUUUUUGUACCACAUUCUUGUUACUUGUUCAAAUCAAUAAAGUUUUUUUUAUUUAUUACAACUGCGUUAUGUAUAUUUUUAGAGCCUGCGUCAGUGCUCCAUAAUUUUCUUGUUCAUAUUUUGAAAAGGUUGACGAAAAAAGUUAGAGGCUUUUAGCCGUUGACAGCGAUGGAGUUCGUCGUGCUGAAGGAGGAGGAGAAGAUGAGGGACGAAACCAAGAAGGACGAGUUGGAAGCGAUCGUCUGCACGACGGACAUCCAGACGCUCGCCAGCAUGUCUCCCGACGUCUUCGUCCUCAACGUCGUCUGGCUGGUCCGUCUUGGAAACGUCCGCUGCGAAACGCGAUAAUUUCCAGGCGGCCGACAAGAUCAGCAAGCCCUUCUCGUUCCUUCGCGCCGGCGAAGAGCUCCAUAGAUCUGGCAGAGCCGUUAGCAUGAAGAAGCUGGAGACCAGGGACCUCUAUCAGUACGAACUCUCCAAUUUUUGGUAGGUUUGAGCGAAUGAUCAAGAGAUGAAGGUUGAAAACCUAAAAUGGGAUCAUAAACAGUCCCAACUUUCCCCAGCUAACUACAGUUUUGAAUCGGUGCUUUCGUAUAAAUUCAAUGAUUUUUUGACAAAACAUCAGAGGAGAAAGAUGAAUGGAAAUCUUUGAUCUAAAGUUCUAAGUUUUCUUCCGAAAAUUUUUUAGUUUUUGGCACGGCUCUGCGAAUUCAGUCGUCGCUUUUACGGAAUGGGUUUUUUUUUGCUUGAUUUUUUGGCUGAAAAUGCAGGAAUCGCCAAGAUUGGGACAAACCAUUCAGUACGAGGUCGAUCGGCGACGUUCUUCAGUUUUACUUCCAAUGUGUUAACGAGAACUUUAUAAAAAUCUGGUUUGCUCUGGUUGCAGUUCAAAAAAAGUCGAUGACUGUCACAGGUGGAAAGACAUGUGCUUGAAAAGCCCGCGAUACAACAUGACGUCGGACAAGCGAGUUUUGCCGAUGAACCUCAAGAAGCACUACUUUUUCUUGGCUGGCAAAAGGGUCAGUUAUGUAUCUUGAUGAAAGUAAUAUAGGAAAAUGUUGUUUUCCUAUUGAAAAUAAACUUUUCAGUUCUUUUUUAAAUGGUUUUUCUUCUAAAAAAAAGUUUAAAAAAAAAGGUUUGUUGAAAGUUAGAGAAGGGGCGUGUCAUAAAAAAAGUUAAAGUCUAUCAAUUGUUCAAUUUUUUUUUUAAAUUUCUUCAAGAUAGGUCGUUUCAGUGUAAUGGUUAAACGUUUUCAAAUUUUCUAAAUAUUAUUCGAUGGUAAAGGAAUUUUGCUGUCUCUCAAAAUGUUCAGUAUUUGUAUUGAUGAGCUUCAAAGGGACGUUGUACUCAAUGACUACUUCGGUCUAGGUUUCUCUGCGAAAUUCGUAAAUUUUGAGACUGUAAGUUUGCACAAGUGGCCUCUGAGAAACGUUGAGAUGAACAGUAGAAAAUUCAAACUGAUAUUAUAUGUAGCCAUCUUUGAAUUCCAGGCAAACAUGAUGUUCUUGUCGGACAUCUCCUAUCUGUUUCACAACAUGCCGAACGUCCUGCAGAACCCGCGGAGCGACUGUCCGGUCUGCUACACGAGUUUCUCGGCGAUGCAUGUUUUCGAGUGUGGCCAUCUCAUCUGCAACGGCUGCUUUAUCCGUUUGCGGGACUCCAAUGGAAAUCUCAAAAAAUGCCACGUGUGCCAGCAAUACAGUUUGGGCUUUUUUUUAACUUUUACAUUCGGGCUCCACUUUUUUCUGGACGUUGUUGCAGAUAAGAGAUAAGAAAACCAGGUUCAACUAAAUUGUGCCAAAAGAAUCAAAAAGCGCGGACUAAUGUAUUGAAGAAAAAUAUUUCGACGUUCGAAAACCGACGUCAUGUGAUGUCGAUAAUAAAUCGGGUUCAAAAAGGGGUUUUUUUGUAGUUCUAGAUAAUGAACCUCUCGCCUUCUGUUUUCGAUGUGAGAUCUCCAUUUGAAAUACACACAUUUUGGUAAUUUUAUUUUGAGUGCAAUAGAAAAGCGAGAGAAAUGUGAGGAAAGAGCGACAUGUUUGCGAUUUCGUCAAUGCACUGCUAUAGCUGAUUCACGGCUGGCUUGAGCCAUCGAGAAAAGGGUCCUGCCACGAAAAGUGACGAGACAGUGUCCUGGUUGGUGGAGAGUGCAGGCAGGCCACGCCUUUUUGCGUCCCAAGCUAGCCGUGAAUCGUCUAUAUCUCGCAUUUCUCUCGCCCCAGACUCGGCAAAUUAAUGAUAGUAUUUCGUAAAAAAGGGAAAAUUAGACACAAUUAAAUCUAUGCAAACAAUGAUUUCAGGAGAGGAUGCAGAAGUGACGAUUAGCGACGGCUUCUGUCCAUACGACUUUUGCGGCCCCAUGUUCAAACCUGAGAACACGAAGUUCACACUACAUCCAUGCGGGUUUGUGUCGACGUUGUCCUCAAUAAUUAACAAUAGAAAAUAAAGCAAAGCAAAUUUUUUUAUAUGAAAAUAUUUCUAACCAUCCUAAACUAUUAUAAUACCUUUCAUUGAGAUUUCCAGGUGUUUCUUUUCCUGUUCGAGAUUUCAAGAGAGUGUGGAUGUCGAGAGGGCGAUCUCCUGGUGUCCUCUCGCUAUGUGUGGGCGCAAAAUCGACCGAGUUCUCAAGAGUUAUUUCUAACUCACUCUUGAUGUUUACUGUUACAUUUCCACAAAUGCUGAAAUCUCUAUGAUUUCCUUAAAAAUGCGCAGCGAUAGCGUUAAAGCUAGCAAAAGUCGAAUAUUAAUAAAUCAUAAUGUUAAAAAAAAAGAUUUAAUGAGUUUUUUUAAAAUUUGAGUCUUUCCCGAAGCUUUUGAAUAAACUUCGCGCUGCACUGAUUUCAAAAAAAUCUUUUUUUGCUGGAACUCUUUUUGGAAAAAAUUUUUUUAAUGUUUUCUGUUACUUCGUUCUCACUUUAGUUCGCCGAUAAGCUUUGAUUCCUGUUUUAUGAUUGUAACUUUCAUGGGUACUACGCAUUAUUUAUUGCCAAACGCGUUUUCUGUGUACUUUUUUUCUUGCCUUCGAAUCCCAAAGUCGUUUCUGAAAGCUGCGCAUGAAGGAUUAUUUUUUGUCUGGGAAUAAUAACUCAACAAAUUUUCGCUGACAUUAUUCGUUUGUUUUCUCAAAAUCGAAGACAAGUUCACCUCUUUCCCAGUAUGAAAAUUUCCAUUAUAUGCACUUUCUUGCGCGAAAGCAUUCACUGGCGAUUGUUUGGUUCCCGAUUACUUUCAUUGCUUUAUUUCUUUGUUAAUAUAAUCUUUUACAUGAACAGUUGUUAAUAAGGUUGAAUAUCAUAGAAUGAAUUCGUUUUUUUCUUGUGGAAUAAAAACUUUGAACAAAUAAUAGCCAUUGUUUGGACGCUGAAAUAUUUGUUGCAACAAAAAAAGACAAAGAUUAUUUCACAUAUAUUCAUUAUUACGUUAACAAAAUAGACUUAUAUUCAGAAUUACUUGGUCUCCUUUUUUUAAAAAAAUAGGAAAAUGGCGGGUGUAGAAGACGCGUUGCGCCCUACCGCACAGCGCGGCAACAAUUGAUCGUUCAAAUUUAUAACGGGAAGAGACACGCUUUUGGAUAUUUUUAUUUUUGUUUCUCUUUUCUGUUUGUCUCCAGUUAACUCCGUUUUCAAAGUGAUCCCGAGAAAGGCAAAACUAUCUCCGAUUCUCCCAAAUUCAUUCAUGUUUUCACUAUCUGAUCACUUUUUUAAAUUUAAAUUUGAACACUGUAUAACUUUUUGCUGAACAAUUAGAAACGAAUGAAAAAUUGUUAUUUCGCGCGGGAGAAAGAUAUAUGAUCAAUUUCCUGUUUUCUACCAUUUUUUUAAUUUUACAAAUUCUCUAAUCAUACCAUCUAGAGAUGCAUCUCUUGGGCGAAGAUUUUUUCAAAUUUAAAGCGUUUAGUGAAGUUAAAAAAUAUUCUUGUCUACAAUUGCAAAUAAUAUGCGAAUUCAGAACUUUUGGAGUAAAAAAAGACUGUUUCAUUCAAUUUAUAUUUUUUUAUGCCGUCUUCAACAUGGACGAAUUCGUCCAUGUUGAAGACGUCAUAAAAAAUGUAUCAAAAAUAAUGAGAAGUGUUAAUGAGUGUCUUUUCUGUUCUCUUCAAUGAACACUCCAUCAAAUUUUCUUCACAAGGGUCUUAAGAUUAGCGAUCUCUCAUUACUUAGAAUAUUUGAUUGAUGGAUGAGGUAGAGAGGGCCGCACUUUCUCUCGCUCCGCCCUUUUCAAGAACUGCUAAUGAUGUGCGAAGUCUCUUUGCCCGAGCCGUUGGCUCGGUCCUUAUCAUUCUUCUCUCCCGGCUCGACGUGAGCUGGUCUUCUCCUCUAUUCUCUGUAUUUCUGAUAUCCAAAGUUUUUUUUGUCUAUUUACUUUGUCAAAUAUCUGUACAGUUGAUAACUAAAGUAAUUGUUAGAUUCUUUAUUUAGUUUUCAAAAAAAAAGAACAAAUUUUGUUAACAAUAUCUAUUUCUCUUCUGUAUUUCUUACAAUUUUAAAGUUUUAAUAUAUAAUAGUUACACCAAAUAGUUUUUUCUUUUAUUUUCUCAUUCAAUUAUUUCUCGUUUUACGAUAUACGUUUACCUUAAGCUCUUGAUAUCGCCUUUGAAAUCCAUCACAAAAACUAUGAUAUGAAAAGAAAACUGAUUUUUUUCUCUCUUUUUUUUUAGGAUUGUUCUUCCUGCCAAUGUUUCGGGAUGAUUUUUUGCACUUUUCAUUCAACGAGAAAAUUUCCGAGUUUAUCUAUUUCUUGAAGGUUUUCUAUUUCCGAAGUAUCUAUUUCUUGAAAAUUUUCUUUUAUGGAUGUUUAUGAAAAAGAAAUUGAAAAAUGGUUUUUUUAGCUCUCUCAUAACUUAUCCACAUUCUAACUUGAAUUUCUCAAGUUCUUAAUUCUUGUUUAUCUCAGAAUUCUUUUUUUCCUUAAAACUUUCAACGGCCGCCUUUUUCUUGCUUCGGUGUUCUUUCUAGAAAAGUUAUUUAAGUUUUAUACUGAAAAGUUCUUCUUUCUGGUAUAAGUUCAGUCUCUUACCAAAAAAAAAACUCUUAUGAUUAAAGAGCGAAAAAUCUUCGAGAAUACAGGAUGUGGAAUAAUUACUGCGAGCAAAGAAAGUAGCUAUUGUUUCAGUAUUAAAGUCCAAAGGCCAAUAAUGUUUUUUAUAAAAUUCUUUGGUUUGGUUUGCCGGCGCUAUCCUUUAUCGAAGUAAUUUCUUUGAAUGAGGUUUUUUUUUUGCUCUUACCAGUCACCCACGGAAUUUUGAUGACCCGUAGAUUCUGCACCGCGGAUUAGCGAGGCUGAUGAAUCAUAAUUGUGCACAGCGAAAAUGAUGAUCUGGUCGUGAUUGACGGCCCCCACCUUUGACAUAGAAGGAAUUUCUUGACGAAACUUGACAAUUAUAUAGAUAAAGGCUUGAUAAAUGUAAGAAACUUGGAACAUGGAUUCAGCUCUAAUUGACCAGCACUAAUGACAUAAACUUUUGUCGCAGUAAUUGCCCCCCACUGUAAUUUAGCAGCCAUGAGGUAGGAUUCCCAAUUGAGUCGUUGCUGCCAAAAUUUUCGCUGUUUUAUCUUGUGUUUCAGAUGUAAUAAACUAUGGACGUCCAGUUUUUUCAGGCGACGGGAUGGACCCGGCCUGCAGCAGCAGCGGGGUUUUGUUGCCGCAGGACUCGUAUCCUCCGAUACGAGAGAAGUCGCCGGCGGAGUGCGGGAUGGCGCGAUACGUCGUCGAGGAGAACAGAAGACCUUCUAUCAAAGUGUGCGGACCGCCGAAGCCGUUCGCCAAGCAGUUCGUGGCAGUCAGAAGUGGGCCUCUGCUGCCGUCGCGGAACGACGUCUCCGGCCAGCCCAGACAGCAGAACGAGUUAUCCAAUACGACGAUUGUCAAGGGCCGAACCUACACAAAAGUUACACGACCAGUGGAAGUCCGCCAGAAUGUCGUCAAAAAUCAGAAGAUUCUGAUGAACAGCAAUGUCUUGGGUCAACGUCGCGAUCAUGCGGUCUCGUUUCCUGUCAAGAUCGCCUAUCGCGAAGAGCCAGUAGAACAAAAAGGUGAGGAUUCGUUCUUCUAAACAACAUUCUUUCCCAAAACUUCUAUUAAAGCAAAAUACUUUUAAUAUUUCCAAAGCGAAAAAGUUUUUCCUAUGGCUUCCCAAACUUUCUAUUUUCGCUUUGAACGACAAUCUCGAUGUUUCUCUUAAAAAACCUUCUUUCUCAAUUUAGCAAAGUAAUCCUUUUGACACAUUUCUUCCGUACACUCACACAUUUAAUGUCCUUGCUAUAGGCAAAAAUCACACUCCAAAAAUGGGAACAUGUGCGAAUGGGAAGGUGUUAAUGGUCCUUUGACGUGUUGCCCUGUGAAUGCGUUUUUCGGCACCUAAAGAAGAGACAAUUAACAACGUAUCUCGAGAAUAAAGAUUCUAAGUCCAUUGUUUAAGAUUUCAUGGUCAUUAUAAGACUAUCGAAAACCUUAGAAUUAAGCAUUGUUAAGGAGUUCUUUCAGCUCUUUGGACAGCACAGCGGCAAGCGCCGAUUCAUCAAAAUCAACGUCAGAACGCGUCUUAUUCAAACUACCCGCAGUCUUCUGAAACUCAAAUUGGCGAAGUCGUCCGACCAGGCAAUGAGAAGAACACGACGCAGUACGGCAUCACGUCUUCUUAUUCCAAAGAAAGGUUUGAAUGGAAUAUAGAAGAAUGAUAUGACUGUUCGUGAAUAUUUUUGAGGUUUUAAUCAGAAAUAGCAAAACACUUUGGCACUAAGCCUAGUUUUCUUGUGCCUUUUAGGGCCGAAACAAAAACACAAAGAUAAUCGAAAGAUUGAAUUUCAGCGCAAUGGUGAGGGUGAAAAGCGCUGACAUUUUCAAUCACAACGACUAUUUGGGGGACGAUUUCAAAAUGGUGGAAGACGAUGACGAAUGGAUUGAGAACGUUCGUCAUAUUCUCGUCUUCCUCUCAAUUUUCUCCCUUUUACAGAUUGACGUCACGAGUUUCAAGGACAUCAGUAACGACCUGAAGCAGGUCAAAAAGCUUAAUGCUGCGGCUCAGAAUAGAGUUAGUUUUUAGUUUUAAAAAGAAAAAAAAAAUGUUUUUUCUUCGUUUUUGUUUUUAGCGUUUUUCCAGGAGGAUGUCUUUUAAAAAAAUUUCAGUCGAUAGAGGAUUAAUAGAGGAUAAAGCUUAAAAAAACGAAACAUAAUUAAGAACUCUAUGAUUCAAUCAAAAUUUUGAAUUUUUCCAGAACAACCACCAGCCAAGGUUUCCGAAGCCAACUUGGUCCUACUCAAGUCUCAUCGCCUUGGCUUUGAAAAACAGCGAAACUGGACAGUUGACAGUUUCAGAGAUUUAUGCCUUCAUAUUGUAAGUUUCUAUAGUAAUUCUUAGAGGUAUUAUUUUGAGCAGUUUUUUUGAAGAGAUUAUUGAAAAUUUAAGUUUUUUUCCAUGCUUGAAAUGCAAAAAGAUACGACUUUUAGUAUGAUAGUUUUUUUUUUUAGAGAAAACUUCCCAUAUUUUCGAACGGCUCCAUCAGGAUGGAAGAACUCCGUUCGUCACAAUUUGUCGCUCAACAAAUGUUUUCAAAAGGUUUUCGGAAAUAUCUCAUUUAAAUGUAUAUCGUUUAUCUUCAGGUCGAAACCGACAUGAAUCAAUCUGCACGCAAAGCCUGUCUUUGGAUGAUUUGCGCGCAAAAAGCUGAAAAGUUGGAGGCGGACAUCAGAAAGUGGAAGGACAAGGGCGGAACUUUGGAAGGAUUGGCCAGACCUCGUUAGUUUUCGCUCAUUUUUUGGGAAAGAAAUUCAGCUUUUUCAAUGAAAAAAGGACACUUUGAAGACUUGUUUGUGAUCAAUGCGAAUGAAAGUGUUUUUCUCUCUUAUGUCGUAUUCUAAGUAAUUUGAAAUUUUCAGUAAUGCUGUCAGUAAACUAGGAGAAAUAUUAAAUGUUUUGCCCUUUUUCUCAUAAUCUCGUUCCAGAGGAUUUGCUCGCUAUCACGACUGGAACAAAAGGAUUGCCUGACAUGGAAUCCUACGCGAAGUUACUCAGAAACUCCUACGACGAGACGCGAGCUCAAAACUUGGCGGUUUGAAGCGAAAAGUAGUUCUUGAAAGAGAUUGUCUUUUUUCAGCAGCAACAACAGGCUUUGAAAAACUAUCAUCAGCAGUCGAAUAAGCGAAAACUGGAGAUGACCAGAAUUGCGACGGAGGUUUGAAGGAAUUUCAUCUGUUUUUAUAAUUUGAUAAUUUUAAGGAAAGGGCCAUGCAGGCUCAACAAUUGGUUUCGAGGCCAGUGGAAAAUGAGAUUUAUCCUCUGGAGGACAUCGUCCUGCCGGACGAGCUGCCCUUGGAGCCGCCAAUUCCCGAGAUCCCUAAUUUGGAGGACGAUCUUCACAUCGACGCUGAUUGCGAAACUCUGAUGCCACCAAAGGCUAAGGUAGAGAAAAGCUGAACAUGAAUAGAAAAACCUAAAAGAGCCAGUGAUGAAAUGAACUGUUUGUUUUCAGCGUCCUUUCUCGGACCUGAUGAACAGUCCAGUGUGCGAUUCAUUGGAGCUUCUGUGUGGAGGAUCUAGCACGCCAACAAAGCUUUUAUACAAGGAAGAUAGCUGGGAUACUUCGCCAUUCAAGUUCGUUUCAGUUCAUUGACCGAUGUCUUUCCUUUUGAAAAAAAUCUCUUUAUCGUUUAUCAUCUGAGAUCAAAAAAUGUGGAGUUAAGAAAUAAUUUUUAAAAAAUGAGUUUACAAGUCAUUUGCAAAACUCCAGGUUCGAUUUCUUAGAACAAGUUUCCUGGGCUUUUUUUCUUAGUAACAUCAUACAAAAGGCUUGUGGAAGUUCUGCGUUUCUUAGCUUCAUCUCUGCAAAUUAUCUAAAAUUGAUCACAGAGGGACUUUCAAUAAUUUUUAUUUCAGUUCGAAAACUCAACUUUCACACUUUCAUCUCUUAAGUUAUUGCGAAUGUUUUACGUCUUUAACUUUUUAAAAUUAGGAUUCAACCGUCAUUUUGUCUCGAAUGAUCAUCAACGCAUUUAUUUGAAGGUACUCGGCUUGCUACGGGAGCUUCGAAAUGGCUCGCGACGCUUUCCACGACAACUCUCUGCUGACGGCGGCUGCCGAAGCGAGUCCUUACAAAGGAUCUGUAACAUUCCCCAUCAUUUCCUAA